AUGAAUGAUAAUAAUAACAUUGAUAAUCAUUCAUUAAGUAAAUAUCAAAUUAUAUUAAAAGAUUUUCGUAAUAUAUCACAACAAUUUUCACCUUAUCACAUAAAUUUAAUUAAUCAAAGAACUAUUCAAAUCCCUGAACGUCCAUCUUCAAUACAUCGUUUAAAUCAUGAAGUAUUAUUCAAUCCUAAAAAUAUACUAUCAGUUGAGAGAGACUAA